CAUAAACUGCACAGAUGAGCCCAGGAUUGAAUAUACUCCACCACACUUCAGUUUUGGUUCCAAAGACACACCUGCUGGGUCUCUUGCCUGCAUGGAUUUUUUCAACAGGUUUGAAUAUAAAAAUCAAGGCUGCACUGAGGAUGUACUUAAACUGAAUUUGGCAAAAAAAUCCAGGGUUACAGAGACUCAUCCCGUCAUUCAGCCAUGAUUCAAGUGGAUUUGAGGGCAGUCACCCAGCCGGUAGGCAUCAUGCGAAUAAUGGCAACCAUCCUUACUUGUGUGUGUUUCAUACUGGUGGCAAUAGCGGGACAAAACCCAUCGUCCUACUGGGUGUGGUGCAUGUUCACCUGGUGCUUCUGUUUCUUCUUCACCCUUCUCAUUCUCAUUCUGGAGUUCACCACGCUUAGUGCCAAGUUACCUUUCGCCUGGGAUGACUUCACCACCGCCUUUGCAAUGCUGGCUGGCCUCCUGUGCUUGACCACCUCCAUCAUCUACCCCAUUUUUUUCACCUGCCACGUCUGUCACCACCAGAUUGCUGCAUCGGUGGUUUCCUGGCUCUGUUUUGGAUUGUAUGCAAGUCAGGUGGUUCUGACACGUCUUCGUCCAAGUGGACAGAUCAGCGGAUUUCUCUCUACAUUGCCCGGCAUAAUGAAGAUGCUGGAGACCUUCCUCGCUUGCCUCAUCUUCACAUCCUUGGAGAUAAACCAUUACACUGGCUCACCAGGACUACAAUGGUGCGUGGCUGUGUACUCCCUGUGUUUCAUCUUCUCCAUAGCCAUAAUUCUGCUCACCACUGGACAGCUGAUCUCUUUUUUUCCAAUCCCAUUUGACAAGGUUGUCGUGGUCUAUAAUAUUUUGGCAGCAGUGAUGUAUACGACAGCUAUGGUGAUCUGGCCACUGUACAGUUUCCGCGGCAAUCAGAGACCCAAUAACUGUGGCCGAUUCUGUUCCUGGGAUAAACUGGUGGUGAUCACCUUCAUGACAAUCUUUAACUUUAUUGUCUACACCCUGGACGCUGUCUACUCGCUGCGUAUUGUGUUCUUUAUUAGUAACCAGUAAUAGCUCCAGCAAGAAUGAAAGGAACUAAUGAGAAGUUUAAAUGAAUGUAAACAAGACCUAUUAUUUUGCCGCCUUGACUCAAGUCUUGACUCAAAUGCUGUGCCUUUUCUGCGAAUGUGAGUACAAAAAAGUGAGUACUAAUAAUAAUAUCUACAACAUGUGCAAAGAACAGGCAAUGGUUAAUGAUUAAAAGUGGUAUCAUUAUCAUAACAGUAAACUAGCUGAGCAGAACUUUGGAUCCUAAUAUACACACUGAAGUGGUGAUAAAUAAAUUAUGCAAAAGGUGAAUCUAUUUUA